CGCGCUACAUAAACACGGCCCCGCCGCCGCUGCCGGGGCUUCUCCGCUCGCAGCCCGACGGAGGCGCCUGGCCGGUAGCGGGCAGCGGAGCGGGGGAGCCGAGCGGCAGCGGCCGGGCAGCUCCGGGGACAGACGGGGCGGGAGGCUCCGGCGGGCAGCGGCGGAGGGCUGCGCGCUCCCCCGCCGGAGCCCAGGCGGCCGGAGGAGGAGGAGGAGGAAGGGCGAAGGGCGGCGGCUCCCCGCCGGCGGCGGGCUCCGUCCGGUAUGGCCCUGGCAGACAGCGCCCGCGGGCUGCCCAACGGCGGCGGCGUGUCGCCGGCGGCGGGGAGCGGGGCGGCGGGGAGCGGGGCGGCGGCGGCGGCGGCGGGCGGCUGGUCGUCCUUCCCGGAGAUCGUGGAGCUGAACGUGGGCGGGCAGGUGUACGUGACGCGGCGCUGCACCGUGGUCUCGGUGCGGGACUCGCUGCUCUGGCGCAUGUUCUCGCAGCAGCAGCCCAGCGAGCUGCCCCGGGACAGCAAGGGCCGCUUCUUCCUCGACCGCGACGGCUUCCUUUUCCGCUACAUCCUGGACUACCUGCGGGACCUGCAGCUGGUGCUGCCCGAGCACUUCCCCGAGCGCAGCCGCCUCCAGCGGGAGGCCGAGUACUUCCAGCUGCCCGACCUGGCUCGCCGCCUGGCUCAGGCUCGGGUCGCCGCCGCCGCUCGCCCCGCCGCCCUGCACCGCGACGGCUCCCUCUGCGCCGACGAGCCGCCGCCGCCGGCCCUCCUCGGCUACCUGGAGGCCGAGCCGCUGGAAGGGGGCGGCGGGGGAGGAGCCGCCGCCUCCGCCCCGUCGCCCACCGCCAGCCGCAGCCCCUCGGGCGGGCCGCUGCUCACCCCCUCGCAGUCGCUGGACGGGGCGGCCGGGCGACGCUCGGGCUACAUCACCAUCGGCUACCGGGGCUCCUACACCAUCGGGCGGGAGGCGCAGGCCGACGCCAAGUUCCGGCGGGUGGCCCGCAUCACCGUCUGCGGUAAGACGGCGUUGGCCAAAGAGGUCUUCGGGGAGACGCUGAACGAGAGCCGGGACCCCGACCGCCCUCCCGAGCGCUACACCGCCCGCUACUACCUCAAGUUCAACUUCCUCGAGCAAGCCUUCGACCGGCUCUCCGAGGCUGGCUUCCGCAUGGCCGCCUGCUCCUCCACCGGCACCUGUGCCUUCGCCCCUGAGCAGGGCGGCCCUGCCGAUGAUAAGAUCUGGACCAGCUACACCGAGUAUGUCUUCUGCCGGGACUGAGCAUCCGCCCGGCACAUGGCGUGGGGAUGAGGUGGUGGCCCCUGCACGCCCUCGCACCUGCGGUCCCCUCCCGGCCCGGAGGAAGGAGGACGUGGAAGGGGGACCAUGUCCCCUUGCGCUCUCCUCACCCCGGUGUCUGCCUCCACGCACAAGGCGGGUCAGCCACCCAGCGCAGCCCCCACCCCUCCUGCACGUACCUCCUGACGGUCCCGGGGACAGGAGGUCACCAUGUCGUGCCUCGGCCGCCAUGUCCCUGCUUGGCCGCCACCUCCCUGCUCAGCCACCGCAUCCCGGCUCGCACCGUCAUCCCCCCUCCCACGCCUCCCAGUAGCUGUUCCGGUAGCGAGGAAGGAGAGAGGUAGCGGGAAUAGACAAAUACCUGUCUCAGAAAGGCUGUGCGUGUGCCCAGCCCCUGCCCCUCUCCACACACAGGAGCCAAGGGUUGGCCCUUUUCAGGGUGGGGUGUUUUAAAGACGGGGCAUUUAGGGGCUGAGGAACUUUUCAGUUGCUUUUCAGCAACUUCUGUUGAAGGUGGUGCGAUGUCUUUUCUCAUCCCCAAGCUCUUCCCCAAGAUUCCGCCUUAUUGGGUGGAUCUGUAAGGGUCCAUUUUAUCCCCCCACCUGCUCAAAGCGAUGCCUCUCAAUGAAGGACUGUCCUGUGGAAGUGAUGCCUGACAGCGAGGGGUUGUCACUCUGUCUCCUACAUCAUCUGUAGAGAUGAGUAAUUUUGCAGGAGGCGUGCGUGUGGCCCUUCAUGACCGGUUGCAUCCAUCUCCCCUUCUCUGCUCCUUAUCUCUCUGAAUGCCCCUCUCCAAGCUGUUAAACUGGACCAGGGCCUGCACAGCAGGCACGUGAGGCUGAUGUGAAAGGACAGGUUCGCUGGAUAACCAACCACUCGAACUAUAAAGUGUCCUCAGAGACACGUGUCUAUUCCCUUGAGAGGUAAAGCAACGAUGCUUUGAAAAAUUAAAGUGCUUGUGAAUUGUAACUUUCAUGGGUGUUGUGAAGUCCUUAUAAUUCUCUUGAAUUUACUGUCUAUAAUAUGCAUAGAAAUCUCAAUGCAUAUUUCCUUAAACACCCUCAAAACGAUGGGGGAGAGAAGAAGCCAGGCUUGCCAGAGUGAAGGUAGGGCCUGCUGCCUGGGAAGCUGAAAUCAUGUACAUUGAAUUAAUGCGUUAUAAGUGUAAUCAAGAGGACCCUGCUUGUUACUUUAAGUUUUGUCAUGUUAGUGUGGUAAAACUUGGAAGGCAACAGAAUCGAUGCCGAAACCACUUUUUUAAGAACCAAUUCCUCGGUUUUCAUGGCAGUACUACCAGAGCAGUGCCACUGCUGAGAGUUAGGUACCUCUUCCUAGGCAAGCUUAAGCGCUUCUUAGAAAGAAUUAAGCCCCGUCCUUACAAAAACAAGGACGAUGCCAACUUUCUUAAGGGGAAAUUACCCCUUCUAAGCUGUAUUUGGUUCGUGCUGUCUAACAGUCUUCUUUUUCCCGGAGAAGGUAGCCGUAGCUUGCUUUGGAACAGAUGAUCUGAGUAGCAGGUUUUACAAUAGGGAGGCCUGAGCAGCUCUUUCUAAUAAAUUUGUGAAGAUUGGGGUACAAAAGCACUUUCUUUUAAAACCUGAACUUGAUUUAAAAACCUGUAUUGUCCGCUCAGACCUUCAUGGAAAACUAUGCUAAAUGUAUCCGAAGCGUUGCAGAAUUUAGUGGUACGUAUUAAAGGCUUGAAGUUACAUCUUUAAAACUCUUGAAUAAUAAAUUGUUCUAACUCCAAAUUUAGGAAUGCUACUAGCACUUGUAUUCUAACCAAAGAAUUUCACAGUAGGGUUUUA